UUUCGGUGAGAGAAGCCGUUCGGAAGUGUUUGCUCGUUGCGUUUGCUGCGAAGAAAAGAUAUAAUAAACUGUAAUAUUGAACGUGCACUAGUGAAGAAAAAAGAAACUACAUAAAAAAAACCCCCCUUUCAUCGAAGUGAGGAAGGAAGGAAGAAAAUAGUGACUAUUUCCUUUUCCAUUGCUUCCUAAUAAUGACGACUGACAUUUCCGUAGUACGAUGGGACCCUAGCCAGGGUCCUGGAAAUGAAUUUAUCGAAGAUAUCGAAUACGACGGAGGAAACUCCAGUUCCCGUUUAUUCGAACGAUCACGCAUUAAGGCGUUAGCAGAGGAACGUGAAAGUGUUCAAAAAAAGACAUUCACAAAAUGGGUCAAUUCGCACCUUGUUCGGGUGAACAGUCCGAUCAAAGACCUGUAUGUGGAUAUGCGGGAUGGCAAAAAUUUGAUCAAGCUGCUAGAGGUGCUGUCUGGCGAGCGAUUGCCACGGCCAACGAAGGGCAAGAUGCGUAUCCACUGUCUGGAAAAUGUGGACAAAGCGCUGCAAUUUCUCCGCGAACAGCGUGUCCAUUUGGAAAAUAUCGGUUCGCACGAUAUUGUCGAUGGUAACGCUAGUUUGAACCUGGGAUUGAUCUGGACAAUCAUUCUACGCUUCCAGAUUCAAGAUAUUACUAUAGAAGAAACGGACAACAAAGAGACCAAAUCCGCCAAGGAUGCUUUGCUGCUGUGGUGUCAAAUGAAAACUGCCGGCUAUCACAAUGUGAACGUGCGCAACUUUACCACCUCGUGGCGUGACGGAUUGGCGUUCAAUGCAAUUAUACACAAGCACCGGCCGGACUUGAUACAGUUCGACAAACUGUCGAAAACAAAUCCGAUCCAGAACUUGAACAAUGCGUUCAAUGUUGCGGAGGAGAAACUCGGCCUGACGAAGCUGCUCGACGCGGAAGACAUUUUUGUCGAUCAUCCGGACGAAAAGUCGAUCAUUACGUAUGUCGUGACGUAUUAUCACUACUUCAGCAAGCUGAAGCAGGAGACGGUGCAGGGCAAGCGUAUUGGCAAGGUGGUCGGUAUUGCGAUGGACAACGAUCGCAUGAUCAACGAGUACGAAUCGUUGACGAGCGAGCUGCUGAAGUGGAUUGAAGUGACGAUUGUGCAGUUGGGCGAUCGGCAUUUCGUCAACUCGCUGGUAGGCGUACAGCAGCAGCUGGCACAGUUCUCCAACUAUCGCACGGUCGAAAAGCCGCCGAAGUUUGUCGAGAAGGGCAACCUCGAGGUGCUGCUGUUCACGCUCCAGUCAAAGAUGAGAGCAAACAAUCAAAAACCGUACACGCCCAAGGAGGGUAAGAUGAUUUCCGACAUCAACAAAGCCUGGGAACGGUUGGAAAAGGCUGAGCACGAGCGUGAACUGGCGUUGCGCGAAGAGCUGAUCCGCCAGGAGAAGCUAGAACAGCUUGCAGCACGUUUCAACCGCAAAGCUACGAUGCGCGAAACCUGGCUGUCCGAGAACCAGCGUCUGGUUAGCACGGAUAACUUUGGCUUUGAUCUGGCUGCGGUUGAGGCGGCCGCGAAGAAGCAUGAAGCCAUCGAAACGGACAUCUUUGCGUACGAGGAACGCGUACAAGCUGUGGUGGCGGUUUGCAACGAGCUGGAGGCCGAAAAGUAUCACGAUAUCGAGCGCAUUGCCGCCCGGAAGGAUAAUGUAUUGCGUCUGUGGAACUACCUGAUCGAGCUGCUCCGUGCUCGACGCAUGCGCCUCGAGUUCUCGAUUCAGCUGCAGCAGAACUUCCAGGAGAUGAUUUACAUUCUGGACUCGAUGGAGGAAAUCAAGCAGCGUCUGCUGACAGACGACUACGGCAAACAUCUGAUGGGUGUGGAGGAUUUGCUGCAGAAACAUUCACUCGUCGAGGCGGACAUCAAUGUGCUUGGUGAUCGUGUGAAACAGGUGGUGCAAAACUCGCAGAAGUUCCUGGUUGACGAAGAGGACAACUACAAACCGUGCGAUCCGUCGAUCAUCGUCGAUCGUGUCCAGCGUCUGGAGGAUGCUUACGCCGAGCUGUGCAAGCUUGCUGUCGAACGUCGCUCGCGGCUGGAAGAGAACCGCAAGCUGUGGCAGUUCUACUGGGACAUGGCUGAUGAGGAGAACUGGAUCAAGGAGAAGGAACAGAUUGUGUCGGCAGAUGAGAUUGGUCAUGAUUUGACGACCGUCAACUUGCUACUGUCGAAGCACAAGGCGCUUGAAUCCGAGAUACAGUCGCACGAACCGCAGCUGAUGGCCGUUAGCGAGGUUGGAGAUGAGCUGGUGCGCCGCGGACACUUCGGUGCCGAUCGUAUCGAUGAGCGUUUGAAGGAAAUCAUGUCUAUGUGGAGCAAUUUGCGCCAACUAACAGACAACCGUCGCAAGCGUCUAGAAGAUGCCGUAGAUUACUUCCAGCUGUUCGCGGACGCGGAUGACAUCGAUAACUGGAUGUUGGAUGCUCUGCGCUUGGUGUCGUCCGAGGAUGUGGGUCGCGAUGAAGCAAACGUCCAAAGUUUGCUCAAGAAGCACAAGGACGUGGCGGACGAGCUCAAGAACUACGCCGAAACGAUCGAACAGUUGCAUGCUCAGGCCGACCGCUUGACGCUAAACCCUCCGGAACAGGAGAAGGUUCGCGAGCGUCUCGCCGCGAUCGAUGCCCGCUACAAGGAGUUGAUGGAGUUGGCCAAGCUGCGCAAGCAGCGACUGCUGGAUGCGCUCAGCCUGUACAAACUGAUUUCCGAAAGCGAUGGUGUCGAACAGUGGAUCGGAGAGAAGGAACGCAUGUUGCAGACAAUGGUCCCUGGCAAGGACAUCGAAGAUGUGGAAAUCAUGAAGCAUCGCUACGACGGAUUCGACAAAGAGAUGAACGCCAAUGCGUCUCGCGUAGCUGUGGUGAAUCAACUUGCCCGCCAACUGCUGCAUGUGGAGCAUCCAAAUUCGCUGGAAAUUCAAGAGAAGCAGAACCACCUGAACAACUCUUGGUCGAAGUUGCGCGAGCAAGCGGAGAGCAAACGCGACGAUCUGAAAUCUGCUCACGGUGUGCAAACAUUCUACAUCGAAUGUCGCGAAACGGUGUCGUGGAUCGAGGACAAGAAACGCAUUCUCACCGAGACGGACAGCCUGCAGAUGGAUUUGACCGGUGUGAUGACGUUGCAGCGCCGUCUGAGCGGCAUGGAGCGCGAUUUGGCCGCUAUCCAGGCGAAGCUGACGGCUCUCGAGAACGAAGCCGACUCGAUCGAGGGCGAACAUCCGGAAGAGGCCGCACUGAUCCGCGAGCGCGUUGCACAGAUUCAAAUCAUCUGGGAGCAGCUCACGCAGAUGCUGAAGGAACGCGACUCGAAGCUGGAGGAGGCUGGCGAUUUGCACCGUUUCCUGCGCGAUCUGGAUCACUUCCAGGCCUGGUUGACCAAGACGCAGACGGACGUCGCUUCCGAGGAUACGCCAACAUCGCUGCCGGAGGCUGAGAAGCUGCUCAACCAACAUCAGAGCAUCCGCGAAGAAAUCGACAACUACACCGAGGACUACAAGAAGAUGAUGGAGUACGGCGAGGGUCUUACGUCGGAACCGACACAAACCGAGGACCCGCAGUACAUGUUCUUGCGCGAGCGUCUGAAGGCACUGAAGGAUGGUUGGGAAGAACUGCACCAGAUGUGGGAAAACCGUCAAGUGCUUCUGUCACAAGGAUUGGAUCAACAGCUGUUCAACCGCGAUGCCCGCCAGGCCGAGGUGCUGCUCAGCCAACAAGAGCAUGUGCUUAGCAAGGACGAUACCCCGGUCAAUCUGGAACAGGCCGAAAAUCAGUUGAAGCGUCAUGAAGCGUUCCUCACCACAAUGGAAGCUAACGAUGAGAAGUUCAACACGAUCGUGCAGGUGGCGGGCCAGAUGACGAGCAAGGAUCAUUUCGACGCGGACAAGAUCACGAAGCGUGCCGAGAGCAUUGCUCACCGUCGCGACGAUAACCGUAACCGUGCGCUGGAACUGCACGAGAAGCUAAAGAACCAGGUGAAACUGCACGAGUUCCUGCAGGAUAUUGAGGAGCUGACGGAAUGGGUACAAGAAAAGUACAUCACCGCGCAGGACGACACCUAUCGCAGCGCCAAGACGGUGCACUCGAAAUGGACUCGCCAUCAGGCGUUUGAGGCGGAAAUUGCUGCCAACAAGGAGCGUCUGCAUGAGGCGAAGAAGGCCGCCCAGGAGCUGAUGGUGGAGAAGCCCGAGUUCAAGGAGAUCAUUGAACCGAAGCUGACGGAUCUGUCAAAGAACUUCGACGAGCUGGAAACCAGCACCAAGGAAAAGGGUGCCUUGCUGUUCGACGCCAAGCGUGAAGUGAUCGUGCAACAGAGCGUAGACGAUAUCGACUCGUGGAUGGAUGAUCUCGAGAAGCAGAUCAUCAACACGGACACUGGUAACGAUUUGACCUCGGUGAACAUUCUCAUGCAGAAGCAGCAGAUCAUCCAAACGCAGAUGGCAGUGAAAGCCCGCCAAGUGGAGGAGCUUGACAAACAGACGGAGGUACUGACGAAGACUGCUCCGUCAGACGUGGUCGAACCGAUCGUGGAGAAGAAGACGGCUGUAAAUGCACGUUUCGAAAAGAUCAAGGCCCCGCUGCUGGAACGCCAACGCCAGCUGGAGAAGAAGAAGGAAGCGUUCCAGUUCCGCCGAGACGUCGAGGAUGAGAAGCUGUGGAUUGACGAGAAGAUGCCGCUGGCUGAAUCGACGGAAUACGGCAACUCGCUGUUCAAUGUGCACGUGCUGAAGAAGAAGCACCAGUCGCUGAACACGGAAAUCGACAACCACGAGCCUCGCAUCAUGACGAUCUGCAACAAUGGUCAGAAGCUGAUCGACGAGGGUCACGAAGAUGCAGGCUCGUACGCCGACCUUAUCAGCCAGCUGACGCAGAAGUGGCAGGAGCUGAAGGAUGCGGUCGAAAAUCGUCACCGACAGCUGGAUCAGUCGGAAAAGGUACAGCAGUACUUCUUCGAUGCGGCCGAAGCGGAAUCGUGGAUGAGCGAACAGGAGCUGUACAUGAUGGUGGAGGAUCGUGGCAAGGACGAAACCUCGGCCCAGAAUCUGAUGAAGAAGCACGAAAGUCUGGAGCAAUCGGUGGAGGACUAUGCCGACACAAUUCGCCAGCUGGGUGAAACCGCACGUCAGCUAACGACCGAACAGCAUGCCUACAGCGAUCAGGUAUCGGUGAAACAAUCGCAACUGGACAAACUGUACGCCGGAUUGAAGGACUUGGCAGGUGAACGUCGUGCCCGGUUGGAUGAAGCCUUGCAGCUGUUCAUGUUGAGCCGCGAGGUAGAUGAUCUGGAACAAUGGAUUACGGAUCGCGAAGUGGUUGCUGGUUCGCAUGAGCUUGGACAAGACUACGACCACAUUACGUUGCUGUGGGAACGUUUCAACGAGUUCGCCCAAGACACGGCCACCGUUGGCAGUGAGCGUGUCGCAAAGGCAAACGGUAUUGCUGACGAUCUUAUCCAUGCCGGCCACUCGGACAGCGCUACGAUCGCCGAAUGGAAGGAUGGUCUGAAUGAAUCAUGGCAGGAUCUGCUUGAGUUGAUUGAAACACGCAAGGCGAUGUUGGCCGCUUCGCGCGAGCUGCACAAAUUCUUCCACGACUGCAAGGACGUGCUGGGACGUAUCAACGAGAAACAGCAUGGCGUUUCGGAGGAGUUGGGCCGUGAUGCGGGUGUCGUGUCGGCACUGCAGCGCAAGCACCAGAACUUCAUCCAAGACCUGAUGACGCUGCACGCGCAGGUGCAGCAGAUCCAGGAAGAGUCGGCCAAACUGCAGGCGGCGUACGCCGGUGAGAAGGCACGGGAAAUUACGAACCGCGAACACGAAGUGCUGAACGCGUGGGCCCAUCUGCAGGCAAUGUGCGAUGAGCGUCGCGGCAAGCUUGCCGACACCGGCGAUCUGUUCAAGUUCUUCAACAUGGUCCGCACGCUGAUGCUGUGGAUGGAGGACGUUGUGCGACAGAUGAACACGUCGGAGAAACCACGCGACGUGUCGGGCGUUGAGCUGCUGAUGAACAACCAUCAAAGCCUGAAGGCGGAAAUUGAUACGCGUGAGGAUAACUUCAGUGCCUGUCUGGCGCUAGGCAAGGAACUGCUUUCGCGUAAUCACUACGCAUCGGCCGACAUUAAGGAUCGAUUGUUGCAGCUCACCAACAGCCGAAAUGCGCUGCUACAUCGAUGGGAAGAGCGUUGGGAGAAUUUGCAGCUGAUCUUGGAAGUGUAUCAGUUCGCUCGUGAUGCUGCCGUCGCUGAGGCAUGGCUUAUCGCACAGGAACCGUAUCUGAUGUCAACAGAGCUGGGACACACUAUUGACGAGGUGGAGAAUCUAAUUAAGAAGCAUGAAGCCUUCGAAAAAUCUGCCGCUGCCCAAGAGGAACGCUUUAGCGCAUUAGAGCGAUUGACAACGUUUGAGCUCAAAGAAAUGAAGCGUCGUCAGGAUGCAGCCGAGGAAGCAGAGCGCCAACGGGUGGAAGCGGAAGCGGCAGCACGUGCUGCGGCCGAAGCAGAAGCCGAAGCAGCCCGACAGGCAGAAGCUGCUGCCGCGCGUGAUGCAGCCGAUGCACCUGGUUCACCACAUUCCACCCGCGAACAAGAGUCAGUUGCCGGCGAAACGGUCGUAUCGCGAAGGCAUUCCGGCAUACCGAAGGAACGGUCCAGCAGUUCGGCAAGUGCAUCGGCCGGCGUUAAGGUCAGUCGACGAUCCCGCUCCAAAAGCCCGUUCCGCAGCUUCAGAUGGAAGCGGACCGCCUCGAAGGCGGACGAGGCAGCCUCCGAUGACGAAGAUCGUCCUAGUCCAGGUGGAGCAGAUGAAGGUGCACAGGAAGGCGUCCUUACACGCAAACACGAAUGGGAAUCCACUACGAAGAAAGCAUCGAACCGUUCCUGGGAUAAAGUAUAUUGCGUUGCCCGUAGCGGCCGGUUAACGUUCUUCAAGGAUCAGAGAUCAGCUAAAUCGGUACCGGAGCAAACGUUCCGCGGUGAGCCACCACUAGAGCUGAAGGGUGCCCAGAUCGAAAUCGCCAACGAUUACACGAAGAAGAAGCACGUGUUCAGAAUCAAGCUAUCGAAUGGUGGUGAAUUCCUGCUCCAGUGUCACGAUGAUUCCGAGAUGCAGCAAUGGGUAACGGCUUUGAAAGCACAAUGCGAGCUUGACGCUAGCGGCGAAGGUCGUUCGCUAACGCUGCCCGCUUCCUCUCAGAAGGAUGAACAGAAGAGACGGUCAUUCUUUACACUGAAGAAAAAUUAAGAAAAUUGCGAAAACAUACAUGAAUCCGUUAAACAAACCCAGAACAAAAUACUACUACAACAUCAAGCAACAACUAAAUACUACUACUACAACAACAAAACAGCUACAGCUAUCACUCUUAAACAACAAAACGAGCCACAAAAAUCACGCAACUCUAUCACUCCUAAUCCUAAUCGAGCCUCUUAUAAAGCCAAGUGCGCGUGCGUGCUGCACCCCCUGCUUUCACAACGCGGCCGGGAUGCUCGAUUCCUGCCCUUCUGUUCCGGAUUGGUUCGGGUUUUCCUGUUUGGUUUCGUUUAAGUUCUUCCCCCGCACAUUACGUGGCAAACCGUUACGCCCCAUGAUGAGGCAUGAAUGGUGUGGUUGUUUGAGGAUGUGAGCAUCGAAACAACAGCGUUGUGCGCGCGAUAUCCGGCAGACAGAAUCAGUAAUCGACACUGCUACAUCUAACACCCGCCACCCACGGGAAGGCCGGAAAGGACGAAACUGUGACAUGGAUACAAAUCCGGUGGUGAUGGACGAGAAGAAGUUAUUGGCAGUAGUAGUAGUAGUAGCAGCAGUAGUAGCAGCAGUACAAUGAGUGUAACCCAAAUCGAACCUCUAGCUACUAUUAUCUAAGUAUCCGGAACGGUCAGGUGUGUUAGGUAGAGCACACCCCGUAUUCUAAGGCGCGGUGUGAUGGGUUGGCUUUCAUUAUUGUUUUAUUGCGUUGUAUCGAUGAGGGAUAUAUUUUUUAUACAAAAACGUUUUAUUAUUUUACCAUACGGACAAAAGUUAGGCGCCAUGCGCGUGAGAAUAUAUACACAAUGUGUGUGUGUGUGUGAGUGGCAAGUAUGUGAGGAUAAGCAAAACAAGCCGUACUACUAUUUACUACUUUAGCACGAUUUCAACACACACACACACGCGAGGGAAGCGAAAGACACCGAGCCGUUUUGUUGCCAAUAUACAAGCGGAAAUCGAAAAACAUAAAAACAAACAUAACACAACACAGCUCUAUAGGCUAGAAAAGAAAGUAAAAUCAACCGGGGCUUUUAUGUAGGUGUUUGGUUCCAUUUUCUACGCCAUUUCGGAUGAGAAAAGAAAAGAAAGUAAAACUAAAAAAUAACGUUAAAAUAUAGAAGCGUAAAAUCUCCCAAACAUUCGCGAUCAUGAUACGCGAUGGUGCGGGUUAAGGCCAACUAAAAAGCAAAUUUGAACGAACUCAAUGUAAGCAGUAGAACCAAAACAAAAGGUAGAAAUGGUUGUCGUAAGAACGAUAGAAGUAUCCUGGUAAAAUCACGCCCAGAGUCACAAAAACAACAUUUAUAGUGCAAAUUUCCAACUGAACCUGGACCUACAAAUCAAUACAAAGAUGAGAAAGGCGUGUGUAUGUGUGUGAGCGGCGUGUACACACAAGUAUAUUGGUAGUAAUAUAUUUAUUUAAAUGAAUAAUUUAUCAAACAAACGGGAAAAAACGAGAAACGUUCGCAUCGUUGUGUAAAGAACGAGCUGCGUUCGAACGAUGAAUAAAAGCAAACAUUCAAACAUAAUACCACAGCUAAAAAAGGCCACAGCACAAGAAACAGCGACGAAAAGAAGUAAUAGAGGCUUCCGUUUCGUUUCGUAAGAAAAGAAACUCGAAAGCGUGCGUGUGCGUUUGUGUGUGUGUGUGUGGGGGGGUUUGUUUCCGUAAUGAGCGGCAGCUUAUACGUGUUUGUACGCGAACAGAUCGGUAACGCUUGGUAUAUGUAAACUUUGGCUUUAUGAUAGUAAUUUAAAUACAAGAUCCACUUUAAAACAGCCCCAAUUUUGCUAUCGUAAAGAGGGUUGCCUUGUGCAGCUGAAGUGUUUCUAUUUUCCGAUGGUUUUUCGAUGCGCUUUUUUAUUGCUAGUGCAAAGACCCGCACACUUAGUGGUGUUUAGCAGUUUUAGUGCGUACACGAUAUUGUUAAAUGGGUGUAUGUGUGUGUGUGUGAAUAUUGAACGUUCGCAAUGUUCGGCUUGACUGAAUGUUCUUCAGGCUCCUGUGGCAAUUGUAUUGCUAAUGGAAGGAUGAAAAAUAUUCGAAAAAACAAAUCUAGCAUACCGCGGCUUUUGUUGCUUUGGUAGCAUACUAUUGAAUUAUACAUUACAUCAUACUAUCCGGUCUAACGAAGCCAACCCUGACACAUCGCUAUAGCAACCGUUCACCACGUUGCUUGCCCUGAAACUAUUACUUAUAGGGCGCGUGCGUGUAUUAUUUAUUGCAUAAUAUAUAAUUUAUCUGUUUUUUGCCUUUUUGUUUGAUUUGUUUUGUUUUUUUUUUUGAUAAGCUUAAGCAAAAAGGCGUGGCAAAAAAAGAAGCUAAAAAUGCGUUGUCUUAGUGAUUGCUAGUAGUACGGUGGUGAAAGAAAAGAAAAGGAGAAGUAAGAAACGAAAAUGUGUAGUAAAACGCCAGUUUCGCAGUGCAAAAAAAAGCAACAAACAAAAAAAAAGAAAGAUUAGCUAGUAAGGACCACACACAAAUAUAAAACAAAACGGAAUCAAACACAAAUAUCCUUCCCGCC